AUGGACAAGAGCUCGGAUGACAACCAGAAUUUUGUCUACGAAAAGCUAUGUCCCAUGGAAGGAGCUGCGUUCAAUUCCUAUGCAAACGAAGACAUCACGACCUGCGACGAGCACACGCGCGAAAGGCUACUCGAUACGAUCGGCAAAUGGGCUGAUAGCCCAACGAUUUGCGAGCAUAUAUACUGGCUUCAAGGAAAAGCUGGCACCGGAAAGUCAACGAUCGCGCGUACAGUAGCGGAUAAGCUUAACAAGAAAGAUCGCCUCGCGGCCAGCUUUUUCUUCAGGAGGAAUGCAGGCGAUCGCGGUCGUGCCAGCAAAUUAUUCACAACUAUUGCUGCCCAGCUCGUCGAGAGAAUGCCUGCCGUGGCUAAGUAUAUGCGAAGCGCUAUCAAAGCCAACCGUCGUAUCGUCACAACGGCGCUGGAAGAGCAAUUUGAAAAACUUAUCCUGCAGCCAAUGGGGGCCGUCUCGCAUGACAAAUCCAAGCCCAUGACGGUCGUGAUCGACGCUCUAGAUGAGUGCGAAGAAGAUCGGGAUAUAAUCAGGAAGAUUAUCAAAUUACUGUUGCAGAUCGAUCCGGCUGUAAUCCCGUUGAAGUUUUUCGUCACUAGCAGGCCUGAGCCUUGGGUUCGUCUCGGGUUCCAGGAUGCUCAAGAAAAAGUAAAACUAUUUGAGCUUCACACGAUCCCGGAGGAUAUAAUCAGGCAAGACAUCACGAUUUUCUUGGAAUCUCGAUUGGCCAAGAUUCGGUGCGACUCCGAAAUUGACUCUAGCUGGCCGGACAGAGCCACCUUCCAAAAGCUCCUGGAAAAAUCUACCCCUCUUUUCAUUUUCGCGGCUACUGCCUGUCGCUUCAUCGAAGACUGCUACGAAGGCACGGGCGAGCCAGAUGAUCGACUUCAGAUGAUAAUCCAAUACAAGGCCCAUGGAGUAUUCAAAAAUAUAUACCUACCUAUUUUGGACCAUAUGGUUCACAAAUUAGAGGGCUCCAGCCGUCGAAACGCAUUGAGCGAGUUCAACCAAAUUGUGGGCUCAAUAGUCACACUGUCAAAACCUCUUGACAUUGCAUCACUGGCGACACUCCUCGGCAUUUCCACUAGCUGCAUCAGAAAUAGAUUGAAAUUACUUCACUCUGUACUGGACUUCCCAAACGGUGCUACUACUGGCCCUGUGAGAGUAUUUCACGAAUCAUUCCGAGAUUUCCUCAUUCGUCCUGACCCGGAAGACGUCCACGACUUCUGUAUAGAUGAGAAGGCUACUCACAAGACGCUUACAGAGAAAUGCUUUGAUCUGCUCUUCAGAGAUAGGGAAGCUGCUUAUCUGAAAAAGGAUAUCUGUGGACUAGAAUCACCUGGUGAAUCUCGUACUAUCCUCGACCAACAAACGAUUAACCGGUGCCUGCCAUCAGCGGUUCAAUAUGCAUGCCUUUACUGGGUGUAUCACUUAAAGAGUAGCGGAGACAAGCUUCAUGAUGAACACCAGGUGUUCCGGUUCCUUCAGAGACAUUUCCUCCACUGGCUUGAGGCCUUGAGUCUUUUAAACAAGAUAUCAGAGAGCAUCAGGCUAAUAGGAGAGUUACAGUCCCUAGUUAACUGCGAUCAAAACCCCUCAAUAUCUGCUUUCUUACAUGAUGCGAAGCGCUUUGUCCUUAAAAAUCGGCAGAUCGCGGAUGACGCACCUCUCCAGCUCUAUUACUCAGGACUGAUGUUUGCACCACGAUCGGCAGUGAUCUGCUCAGUGUUUGAGGGAAAAUUGCCUGCUUGGAAGUGUCGCCUGCCACAAGUUGAGGAAAACUGGACUGCAGGCCUCCAGACUCUUGAGGGCCAUGCACUGUCAAUUUCAUCACUGGCUUUCUCUCAUGAUGGUCUGGUUCUAGCGUCUGGAUCAAUUGAUGAGACAGUGCGGCUCUGGGAUACUGCGACAGGCGAUCUAAAACAUGUUCUCAGCGAACAUUUACAGCCGGUUUUGUCAGUGGCAUUCUCACCCAAAAGUCAAUUACUUGCAUCUGGCUCUGAGGACGAGACAGUGCGGCUCUGGGAUGGUAUGACGGGCAAUGAAUCACGAACUUUCAGCUCCGAGCCAAAUCCGGUUGAGCUUGAAUAUUUGCCUUUCACGUAUGACCCUGAUGACACUAUCGUGCCAAUCAAUUGCUUUGGAAAAGCUUUUCAAAAGAGUCAGUGGGGCUACGAGUGCCCGGUCAGUGAAGUGACCUUCUCGCAUGACGGCCAAAUGCUAGCAUUUGCUUUUUGCUAUACCAAAGACAGGUCCAUGAGCACGAUAGAGCUCUGGGAUCUUGGAACAGACGAGAAAAAAUAUUCUUUCACAGGGCACUCCGAUAGGAUCAGCUCAUUGGCCUUCCCCUCUUGCAACAGUCAAAUACUAGCAUCUGGCUCACAAGACGGGACAGUGCGCAUCUGGGAUACUACAACAGGGGAAGCAACCCAGAUGAUCAAGCACGGAAUGAUUCACAGAAAUCAACGAUUCUUUGUUUGGUCAGUGGCCUUUUGGCCUGAUACCCAAAUACUAGCAUAUGGCUCUAAUGAUGGAACGGUGCGGCUUUGGGAUACUGCGACAGGCAAAGAAAAACAGAUUUUCGAGGACGAAAUGAUUCGCAGCAAUACAGUAACGACCAAUAUUUGGUCACUGGCCUUCUCGCCUGAUGGCCAGGUACUGGCGUCCGGCUCUUCAGAUGGGAUAGUGCGGCUCUGGCAUACUACAACGGGCAAGCUCCAACGGACUCUUGAGCUUCAUUCCCAUCGUCUUUCGGUAGCAAUUUCACCCAACGGCCAGCUACUAGCGUCUGGCUCUUCAGAUGGAACAGUGCGGCUCUGGGAUACUGCAAUAGAUACUGCUCCCUUGACCCCUAAGAGCCAUUCAGACCAGGUUUCAUCGCUGGACUUCUCGCCUAACGGCCAACUCCUGGCAUCUUGCUCAAUCGAUAAGACGAUACGGCUUUGGGAUACUGCGACGGGCAAAUUGCGAAAAACCUGGCAGGCAGAAGAUUGGAUUCCCUCUGAUGUCCAGUUUUCCAAAGAUGGUUCAUCGCUACAGACGAACAAGGACUCUUUCGAGGUUCGAUCAUUCUAUGAUUCCAAUUUACCUUAUGGGAAACAAGUGGACGUGGAAAUAUCUAUCGAACAGAGCCAAUGGAUAAAAUUGAACAAUGAAAGAGUUCUAUGGCUUCCUCCGGGCUCGCGGCCAAGCUGCUGGGCCGUUUUUGACAGCGCAAUUGCCAUAGGGCACGCAUCAGGUUAUAUAUCUUUUAUCGAUUUCGAUCCUCCAGAAGCCUAA